UUGAACAAUAAUAUUUAGUGGUCGCGUACCUGUCAAAUUUUUGACAGAUUUGUCGGUAAAUAGGAAGGAAGUUACAGGACAUUUUUGAGGAACUUGCUGUUUUAUUCGAGAGAAAUUUUAUUUUCACGUAUCACACUUCAAGGCAAAAUUCAUUUUGAAAGGAAUACCGGAUCUUACUGGAUGAGUGACAGAGAUAUGUCUAUAACACGUUGUAUUAGACGGAGGUUUCUUUCAUAGCGAAGUGUAAUUCAGCAUUCAAUAUAUGACCAGAGAACUGCAGUCAUCAUGUACAUGUAUUGGAAAAACUAUGGGGCCAAUUCGUGCUAGCAAUGAACUUUUCGAUGGGUUAUUAGAGAUGUUUGAUUGAUAAUAUUGGUUUAAUAGUAGGACAUAUUUCACAUAACAGACAUAACAAGUUGCUUGAUAAUUGAUUCUAAUCAGGGUAUUGUACUGCUUUUUUAAAAGCAAUCGUUUGUUUAACAUACAAAUGAAGGCACAUAUGGUGGAAGAUUUCAGAGGAGAUUUUGUUUUACUGCGGAAAGUACCAUUUUGCUUGAAUUAAUGUCAAUAUUAAGUUGAGGUAAAUAGGGUAAAUAGUGGACAGGAUUUGAAGAUGUUUUCUCGGAUUGCAAAGUUUCGUAAAUCUGAGAGUUACGAGGAUUUGGACAGGGUUGAGAUGGACAUAACGGAACCAACCAUGAGACAGUAUGCCGGUAUCGGGGAGUCAAACCCAGAACCAGCCGUGUCAGCACCUCAAGCAGAGCCUGCCGAAGAUACAUUUACUAUACAGCAGGCUAUAGACAACAUAGGAUUUGGCAAGUUCCAGGUCAAACUGUCCGUACUGACUGGAGUUGCAUGGAUGGCAGAUGCUAUGGAGAUGAUGAUACUUUCAAUAUUGUCACCAGCACUGCAUUGUGACUGGCAGAUAAAUGAGUGGAAACAAGCCCUUAUUACCACGAUUGUGUUCUGUGGAAUGAUGUGCAGCUCUAGUAUAUGGGGGAGUCUGUGUGAUAAAUAUGGUAGAAAAUCUGAGUUAAUUUUGUGUUCCGUGUUCACUUGUUACUUUGGUUUCGCCAGUGCAUUUGCACCAAACUUUAUCUGGUUACUAAUUUUACGAGGUCUAGUUGGCUUUGGAAUAGGUGGAGCUCCACAAUCAGUGACUUUGUAUUCAGAGUUUUUGCCAACUGCAUCCAGAGCAACCUGUGUUAUAUUAGUAGAGAUAUUCUGGGCUAUAGGAGCAUGUUUUGAGGUAUUACUGGCGCUAGUGGUGAUGCCAACUUUAGGAUGGCGCUGGUUGUUGGGUCUCUCGGCUAUACCACUUCUCUUCUUCUCCUGCUGCUGUUUUUGGCUACCUGAGAGUGCCAGAUUUGAUAUGACACGUGGAAACAGAACUCGUGCAUUAGCUACGUUAGAGCGUAUAGCCAGGGAAAACGGAAAACCCAUGCCGUUAGGAACACUUGUAGAACCUUCAAUAAAGGGAGUAAAAAGAGGUAGUGUUAAAGAUCUGUUUAUUCCCGAGUUGUUUCGCACCACCAUUAUUUUAUGGGCAAUAUGGUUGGUAUCAGCAUUUGCUUACUAUGGUAUAGUGUUGAUGACAACUGAGCUCUUUGAAACACCAGAUGGUUGUCAUGGUGUUACCAAGGAUAAGAGUCCCUCAGAUCCUGGCUGUUAUGUUCACUGUAAAACAUUAACCAGAGAUGAUUAUAUAGAUCUUACCUGGACAACACUAGCAGAAUUUCCAGGUUUAUUUCUAACUGUGUUUAUCAUUGAAAGGAUAGGCAGAAAGUUUACCAUGGCUGUAGAGUUUUUCUUCUUCGCUGUUUUUGUUCUUCUAGCAAAUAUAUGUACAACAAGACCUGUGCUGACAUUUUUCCUGUUUGUUGCAAGAGCCUUGAUAUCUGGGGCUUUCCAAGCAGCCUAUGUCUAUACACCAGAAGUUUAUCCAACAUCUAUGAGGGCAAUAGGUCUAGGUUCCUGUAGUGGCAUGGCUAGAGUAGGUGCAAUAGUAACUCCAUUUGUUGCUCAGGUAAUGUUAAAAGUAUCUGCAUAUUUGGCAAUAACCACCUAUGGAGUUAUGGCCCUUUUAGCGGCGAUAGCUUCUAUUCUUUUACCCAUUGAAACAAAGGGGAGAGAAUUAAAG